AAAACUUCGGUGUAUAAAAGCCCCACGACUUCCAGUUAUUGACAACAUUCUAAGACAACUCAAUAACAGCUCAACAUGGCCUACAAGUUCACCAGCUCUCUGCUCCUGAUCGCAGCCGUCGCUGCCGUUUCUCUGGCGGAACCUGCAAGGUUCCGUGGCCGAUCCUCUCGGCUACAGUUUGCUCGUCAAGAGCAAGCUCCAGAGGAUCAGGCUGUUCCAGCCGAUCCCGCCGUGGAUUUGGCGCCCACUCCGGCAUCGGCUCCUUAUCCACCGGCAGGAGUCACACCGGAAGUGCCCUUCGACCUGCCCACGGAGACGGAAGCUCAGCCUGAUCUGACCUACGGACCUCCAGCUGAGCCGGACAACACCUAUGGACCUCCGGAUAACACUUACGGACCUCCUGCCGAGCCUGAUAACACCUAUGGACCCCCGGCUGGUGAUGCCCCUGUUGACCUGGCUCCUCUGGAUGCUGCCGAGCCCGUUCCCGCUAGUCUGAUCCAGCCCCGUAAUGGACGCUUCCGCAGCCUUCGUCCCGUUCCGGAGAAGCUGAGAUCCGCCCAGAUCAUUCGCUCCCGACCAGUGCUGGUCUAUACCAUCUAAAGUGGGUCAAUCCGUUUUUCUUGAAUGCAAUCGAACUAUUAGGAUACACAUACUUAAAUCUGUUGCUAAAUAAAUAACCGAAUUGUUGUUUAAUAUUUUAAAACAUA